AUAAAUAAAGACCAGGGCAGUGGCAGAGUGCGAGUCUCUGUGACUGCCCAUGUCAGCAAGUAAAACUGUGUGUUUCUCCUCUCUGAUUCUCAGCUGAAGAAGUGUCUCUAUUAGUGUCUCUUGACACUAUUCAACAGAGACACAAACCACACAUCAACUGUAAAAGACGAACAUGGCCAGCAAAUACAAGCGACUCGGGUCAGAGGAACCACAAAAGAAAGAGAUAACAGAGAAACCAGACCUCAGGAUGGUGCUUCUUGGAACAACUGGAUCUGGAAAAAGUGCAUCAGGAAACACCAUCUUAGGAAGAGAGGAUGCUUUUGAAUCUAAACUAUCUCUGAACUCGGUAACUUCAGAGUGUCAGAAGGAAAUGGGAGAGUUUGAAGGUCAAAAACUGUCUGUGGUCGAUACUCCAGGUGUGUUUGAUAAUGUUCAAACUGAAGAGGAGAUAAAGACAGAGAUCAGGAGAUCCAUCUCCUUUGCUGCUCCUGGUCCUCAUGUGUUCCUGGUUGUGAUCUGUGUGGACAGAUUCACAGAGAAAGAACGAGAAACACUGAGAAUCCUUCAGCAGAUGUUUGGAGUCCACUUAGCAGGAUACACCAUGGCCUUGUUCACACGUGGAGAUGACCUGGAGCGUGGGGGAGUCACCAUAGGAAAUUUCAUCAGGGAAGAUCCAGCUCUUUAUGACUUCAUCCGUCAGUGUGGUGGAGGAUAUCAAGCUUUUAACAACAUAAGCAGAGAUCGCUCUCAGGUCAGAGAGCUGCUGGAGAAGAUCAACACCAUGGUUCAGAGAAACGGAGGAAGCUGCUACACCAACGAGAUGUUCAUACAGGCUGAGGAGGCCAUGAGACAAGCAGAAGCAGACCUCAGGAUUGUUGUUGUUGGGAAAACUGGAGCUGGGAAGAGUUCAUCAGGAAACACCAUCCUGGGAGGAAAAGCCUUUAAAACCGCAUCAGCUUCAUCUCCUGCCUCGGUGACAUCAGAGUGUCAGCAGGAAGCAGCCAUGUUUGAUUUUCAGACCCUGGCUGUAGUUGAUACUCCAGGCCUGUUUCACACCGUGUUCACCUUAGGCCAGGUGAACACGGAGAUCAACAGAUGCCUCUCAUUGGCUGCUCCUGGUCCUCAUGUGUUCCUGGUUGUGAUCCAGCCAAGCAUAUUUAUAGAUGAAGAAGGAGAAACAGUGAGAAUCCUUCAGGAGGUGUUUGGAGACAAAGCAACUCGUUACACCAUGGCGUUGUUCACACAUGUAGAUGAUCUGAAUGUCUCCACAGAAGAAUUCAUCAUGAAAACUCCAGCUCUCCGUGACUUAGUCCGUCAGUGUGGUGGAGGAUAUCAUGUUUUUAACAACAGAAGCAGAGAUCCUGCUCAGGUCAGAGAGCUGCUCGAGAAGGUCAACAUAAUGGUUCAGGGAAAUGGAGGAAGCUGCUACACCAACGAGAUGUUUGAGAAGGCAGAGAAUGCUAUAACCAAAGAGAUGGAGCAACUUCAGAAGAACAGGCCUGGGCUAAUGGCCACUGAAGCAAGAUAUGAAGCACAAAGAAACAACGAGUUUAUUCGGGGCAGCUGGGUUGGUGCUGUUGCUGGAGCUGUUGCUGGAGCUGCUGCUGGAGUCGGUGCUGGAGUCGGUACUGCGAUUGGCACCGAGAUUACUGUUGGAGCUAUCGUGGGAGCUGCAGCUGGUCCAGUGGGACUGUUGGUGGGAGCUGCACUGGGUCUGGCAGCAGGAGCUGCAGUGGGAGCUGGAGUGGGUCGUUCUACUGCUGCUAAAGUCAGGAAGCAGGCGUGUAUUACACAGUGAUGAAUAAUCACUCAGCAGCAGCUCGUUCAAGUCACACCAUCAACACAAUAUUCACCAGUCUUUAUCAGUAUUAUCAUUUUUAUUAUCCUAUUUGAUUUUCAUUGAAUUAAAACUAAUUCUUAAUUAUUAUUGAUCAUGUUAGUUUGGGGACAUCCUUGAAUCUCAGCUGAUGUGAAGCGCCUUGAGGCGACUUUUGUUGUGAUUUGGCGCUAUAUAAAUAAAAUUGACUUGAAUUGAA